AUGGACACUGGUGGCUCUCUUUGCCUGCGUGGAACGGCCGGCUCAAGAUACCCUUUGAUUUCGAUACACGACGCGGCAGAGAAUGCUUAUCUAGAUAAUGUGUUACCAGAUCACCUCAGCGAGCUCGGCGAAAACCAGGUCGGCAACAGAUACAGACCGCACUUUCUUGACAGGAUCACGCGACAUACUACAAUGUACAGCAGCAGCAUAGUCAGAUCAUGCUCGCCGACAGUUUUGGUUCGGCCUGGGCUCAUAUCUGCGAAUGACACGACAUCAUACCCCCACAAGAGAACUCUAUACUGUUUUGACAUGGUAGUCUCCAAAGCCAGGUGA